AUGGCGCAAUUGGCCGCGGAUCAGCCGCCAGAGACUAUCUUGCGACAGCUGAAGGCGGGCAAGAAGCUGAGUCGGAAAGAGAGCGAUGAGAGCUCCAAUGGAAUCUUCGGGUCUUCAGAAACUUCAGAGAGUCGCAAACCAUCCCAAAGCAGUUUGUCAGAAGUCAAGGUUGAGCCGGAUGACGACGUCGUGCUCCCACCCGGUAUCGUCCCAUGGCACAUCGAUAAGAUGCACUAUCUGCUACAACGGGUUAACAAGAUGGACCUGGACAGCGACACACCAUUGGAAGAGAAAACAACACCCAAGACACCGGAGGAGGAAGAACAGGAAGAGGAGCAGAAAAGUCCAGAAUUUCUCAAAGCCAUUAUCAGGGCAGACCAAGCAACACGCUCCGAUCACGCCCUCCCACCCGGGGCCGUUGAAGGCUUCGGGAACUUGCCAUUAUCAAGCGCCGUAAGAGCGAACCACUAUCCCCCUACAGUACAAGCACGGCAACUACUCAAUAUGCAAACCGAAGAGUACCGCCUACCCUCCUUCAUGGCCUCGGAUGGAAGCCCGCUCUCGAACAUAUUCUACAGCUACAGGGACGCCGCGAUGGAAAUGUUGAAUAAUGGGGUCCCUUCAUAUCAGGUACUAGGCCCGUCUGACUACAUCGAUCUCGAACUCUUUUUUAGGGAUAGGCAACCCGGUGACCCUUACGACGUGCACACGUGGGCAUGCGAGUUGGUCAAGAACAUUGACGGCUACGACAUCUUCGUCAAACUGGCGAGCGUCGCCCUUUACAUGUCGUACAUGCGGUGGAAUAUUCUACCCACGGCAUCCAACUACGCACUCAUGCCCGAGAUGAUACGUCCAACAAAGAAGCAACGCUUCAUGCCGCAUCGUAUGACGAUCGAUCUCGUACCGCAGUAA